AUGCAGCUUGUCAGAUCUGUGAAACCUGCUAAUGUAAUUUCUUACAGAAAUGUUCGUAUCAAGAACUGGUCCUCUGAUGCCAGGCUUGAUGGAAAGACAUCCAUAGUAACUGGUGCCAACACCGGCAUUGGCAAAGAAACAGCUCGGGAUCUUGCCAGGAGAGGGGCCAGGGUUAUUUUGGCCUGCAGAGAUAUGGAAAAAGCAAAUGAUGCAGCAAAAGACAUCAUUAAUGACAUCGGAAGAAACACUGUCAUCCCAUGCAAACUGGAUUUGGCAGACACCAAGUCAAUCUGUGAAUUUGCAGAACAAAUCUACAACAGUGAGUCUCAACAAAUAACAAGCAGGUCUAAAAUAUUGUGCUGCUUUGUGAAUUUGGCACAAUCGUGCUUUGAAAUGCAGUAUGGAGUCAAUCAUUUAGGACACUUUUUUCUUACCUUCUUAUUGCUGGAUCUGUUAAAGCAAUUGAGGCCCGCCAGAAUUAUCAGCCUUUCUUCUAUAACACACUCCAUGGGAAAGAGCCAGUUUGAUGACCUGAAUAGUGAGAAAAGCUACCACCCUGUGAAAGCCUAUGUGCAGAGCAAGCUGGCCAAUGUCCUCUUCACUCGAGAGCUGGCCAGAAGGCUGGAAGGUGAGUGAAUCAAUAGCAGGCAGGCAGCGCUAAAACACAAAUGUUUUUCAAACAGAAAA